UUACUACUAUUCUUCCUUCCUCGCCCAUAAAAGAAUUGUACAUUGCAUUGAGAGUACAAUAAUGCUGCUUUGAAUUUAGCCUACCACCGACGGUCCAAAACCCACCAAUCAAACCUAAUUAAUUAAAUCAAGAUUUUUCAUAAUCUGCAAAAAGGUUGGGGAAAUUUUGAUAAAGUAUUAAAUAAUGGAGAGUGAAAUUCUCCCCUAAAGUCUAAUCAUUAAAAGCUCGUUAUUCAUCUAUUUCUUUUUCACUCUUUAAGAUAAAGUCCCCACCUUCUUAACAUACAUACUAUUUUUGUUUUAACAUUAACCCAGAACAUAAACCCACAUGCUAAUUACUCUCCCUUCCCUUGCAAAAAUAUAUAAUAGAGAGAUAGAAAGAUAAAAGAGCUAGAGAGAGAGAAGAAGAAGUAGAAGAAGCAGAAGCAAUCAAGAAAGUGAGAAAUUGAGCCAAAGAUCGAAACUUUUUCUGUCUGUGUGUGUUGAGAGAGAGUGUGUGUGUGUGUGUGUGUUUUAGAGAGAGAGAGAGAUGGGAUUGAUUAACCAGAGCAAGAGCAAUGGCGAAGGGUGGGGAAUGGGAUUCCUCCUAGUUUUCUUCCCUGAAGAAGAUCAAAAUCAAGAAUCCAACAACAGCAACAAGAAAUCCAACAAUCUCAAUCAAUUUUCACCAUCUUCAUCAUUCAAGCGCUCAAAUUCAUCACACCUAAUCUUCAAAGCCCAAUCCACAAUCUCAAUCUGCUUGCUCCUCCUCUUCACCACUCUCUUCCUCUUCACCAUCUCCACGCUCCCCUCCACCACCACCACCGCCGCCCGCCGCCUCUACCGCGUUCCCCGCCGCCACCUCAGCUUCGAACCGCCCCGAUUCUCCUCCAAUCUCUCGCAUGCAUUGCAAGGAAUGGGCACUCUGUACAGACGCGGCACAAGAGCAAUGAGCGAACUCGUCGUCGCUCAUGCAGUCGAGUCGUUGACUCAGCACGAGUUGCGAACCUUCCUCCGCCUCUUCCACCGCUCUCCGCUCGCAGCAAAAUCGGAUCUUCUCCUCAUAUUCCCAUCUAAAACCGCCGCCUUCGACGCCGCCAUUCUCGAAGAGAACGACUCGUUCGUGAAGCUCCUGUCUCGGUACAAAUCCAGCAAUAUUUCUCACUCAUCAGCGAGUUUCGACGUGACCCAGUUCACGAAACUCAGCAAGAGAGAGAAAGAAAGCGGCGAGCCAAUCUGGGGGAGAAGAAUUCGGAGCAAUUCCACCGGAGGCGGCGUGGAUGAGUUGACUCGGCUGAGUUACGGCUCGGUGGCGGGUUUCGACGUGGAGGAGCUCGACCCAGAAAACUCACUAUCCGGGUUUAUGGAUCAUGUCCCAAUGGGUUUACGAAGAUGGGCUUGCUACCCGAUGCUGUUAGGUCGGGUCAGGAGGAAUUUCAAGCACGUGAUGUUAGUGGACGUGAAGGAAUUUUUGGUACUCGGUGACCCACUCGGGCGAGUCAGGACUCAGAGCCCCGAGUCGGUCCUUGUAAACGCCGUCGCACAGGGCAAACACGUGAAGAGAAACUCGGAUAAAACCCACCCGAGCCGGGCGAAACCGGUCCACUCGGGGGUUUUAAUGGGCGGGUCGAGAGGGAUCCGGAGAGUGUGCAGCAAAAUGCUGACGGAUAUCGUUAGAGCGUCCAUGCAGAUGCAGCAGCAACACAAGAAGAGGAACUCGGUGGGUGAGUUGGCUCUUUUCAACCAACUCGUUGGAAACGACUACGUUUUGAAGGACGUCAACUUGAUCGUGUCGACCGAGUCGGUGCCCGAGGUGAGUUCACUCGCCGGGUCGGGCUCUAAACCGGGUUCGCAUAAUUUGUUGAGGAGUAAUCAUGAUCAUGGCUUGAUUAGGCGUGGAAAUAGCAAUUUGGAUGUUAAUUCCGUGUUAAUAAAGCAAUUGUGCUCGUUUGCUAUAGAUUCUACAGUUUAUAGUGAUUGUCAGUAGCGGACUUGUUAUUUUUAAAUUCCUUGAUAGAAUUUGUUGAUAAUACAGUGAUUAUAAAAAAAAAAACAUAUUUGUUUUUGGGUUA